AUCGUUCAGUAGAUUAAGCACCCAAUUGUCGUCGAUCAUGUCUGAUGGUUGACACCUAGGCUAUUGUGCAAUUUCAGUUUCAAAGAACAUUUCAGUCAACCGUUAAGGUUGAAGCAUUUAGCGUCUCGUGAGGUUCGCUCUACUGAGAGGCGGGGGGAGUCGAUAGUGUAAAUAAAUCAGUAUUACAUAUAAGUGGUCCGAAAAUCUGGAGUAUCACUCAUCUCUUAGGAGUGCUUUGAAUAGAUAUGUUAUUAAAAUUAGUUUAUUUCGGUUGUGUAGCAACAUGCGUGUUUUCCGCACCAACCACAGAUAAGGUUCCAUCGGAAAGACCACAGCCUAAAGUGAUACGCAUUGUAUCGCAAUCUGAAGAGCUUGAACCGAACGGAACUUAUAAGUUUAGUUAUGAAACGGGUAACGGAAUCCAUCGUGAAGAAACGUCAUUCGACAAAGUGUUGGAUGGGAAAACAAAGCAUAGUGACUGCAGCAAUGAAGGAGGUGAAGACGAUGACAGUGGAGAAAUUCAUGUGCAGAAAGGAUCAUAUUCUUACACAGCACCUGACGGAACUCUUGUUAGUGUGAGUUACAUUGCAGAUGAAAAUGGCUUUAGACCUUUUGGAGAAGGUAUCAAUAUUGGACAGCCUCCAGCAAGUACUACUAAAUCUUCACGAAAACCUAAAUCGAAUGAAAAAAAAUCUAGAACCGAUUCAUCAGAAAGUUCUGAAUCAGAUGAAGUAAUCACUCCAAACGAUGAAGAAUAUGCGAAGAAAAUUCCAAAACUUGAUCAACGUAUAGGUUCAGACGAUCAUAGUACCAAUAACAAAAACAACGAAAAAAACAAAACAAACAUCUCUUUGAAACCAGCAAAGUCUCCUGAGAACAAAAAGAGUACUCAGAAAACAAAGAAGCCAUCAGAAGAAUCCAGAACUGAGUCUGAGCAAACUGAGAAUAGAAAAAAAGAUAAAAAUGAAAAAAAAGAUAAAGAAGCUAUAGUUGGGCAAAACGAAUCAGAAAAAUUGACAAAUGUCACGUCUGCUGACGGAAACAAAAAAAGUUUACAAAAUGAGAAGAGUCUUCCCUCAACUGAACAAAAUGACACUGAAGCUGUUGGAGCGAUAAAAGGGAAUGAAAAAGCAGCUGCAGAAGAUGAGCACGUGGCUAAUGAUGGUAAAACUCUCAAUAGAAACCAGGUCAAUCCUCCGGAAGAAAUGAAGGAUAAAGCAAAAAAUCCUGAUAAUAAAAAAUCUGACCUAAUAAACAACCCAAAAGCAAAAGAUAAUGAACUAACUAAAUCUAUCAGUGAACCUUUAAAUGCUGAUAUUGUCGAGAAGGGAAAAAGUCCUACCACAGACCUAAACAAAAACGACGAAAAGGCAGAAAAAAUAUCGGAAAAGCUUAUUGAAAAAGAGGAACCUAUUAAAAGUGAUGACAAAUUAGCUAAUAGUAAUUCAACUUCCCCUAAGGAAAGUAACAAUUCUGCUGAAAAAGACAAAAAGGAUAAAAAGGGAAAGAACAACAUUUCUGAACCUGUUAAAGACCAAAACCAGACAGAGACAACUGGAGAUGAAAGUAAAGAACCACAAACUACAGAUUUAAAAUCACCUCAAGAUACAGAAAAAGACCAGAGUGAAAUCAAUCCAGCAGAGAAAUCUGACCAGAAACUCAAUGAUAAGAAAACAGAAUUAACAAAUGGUAACAAAACUGUUGCAACUAACAUUCCUUUCAACGAUUCUGAAAAGCCGUCAAACGAAACCGCAACUAGAGCGAAUACAGCUGAAAGUCUUAACAAAGAAAAUGAGAACUCCACAGAUGGCACUAAAAGUGCAAAGGAAGAUGAAAAUAAAACAAUUAACAUUCCAAACAAACAGGAAGCAGAAAAUAGUUCACUUGCUAACAGUUUAAAUGUACCUCAAACGAACAAAAGUGAAAACGAGGCCGAUAAACAUCCCAAUAAUAACGACAGAGAACCUAAUACCAAAGAUGUCAAAGAAGCAAGCGAUCUUCAUCAGAAUCCACAAACGAAAAAUGAUAGUGUAAGUAAAAACAUUGAAGGUCUAAAUAAAAAUGUUAGUAUACCAACAAUAUCAAGUGAAAAAAUAGAAAAUAAAGAAAAUUUAACCAAAGACGCAGAGAAGAAAGAAUCGCUGGAGGAAAUGCCAAGCAGUGACAAUCAAAAUACAAAUAAAAAUGAUAGUUCUGAUAAAGAUAAUAAAAGUUCUGAUGAAAACGACAGCAAACCAGUUAAAGAGACUAAAACGAUAGGAAAUAACGUUAACUUAACCAAAAACGCCAAAGACGACAAGAAAGAUAUAUCAAGUAGUGCCAAUCAAGAUCUAAACAAAAAUGUCAGUGCAACCAAGCCUAAUGAAAAUUCUGGUCAAAAUGUCAGUAAAUCACUUUCAGAAGGUAAACUAUUAGACACUAAAGAUAACACUACCAAGAGCAUAAAAGAAGAGGCAAAUACGCGAGAAAUAGUACCCAGUAGUGACAGUAAUAAAUCAAAUACAAAUGAUAGUGUGACUGAAGAUAGUAAAAAUACUGAUAAAAAUAUCAGUAAACCGAAUGUACAAGGUGAAGCAAAAGACGGCAAAGACAACUCUAACAAAAACAUCAAAGAUGAAAAGAAAAACCAAACAGAAAUACCAAGUGACGGCCACCAAAAUGCAACUUCACUUAAUGACAGUGAAAGUUCUGCUAAAAAUGACAGUAAACCGUUUGUGCAAGAUGAUGAAAUAGCCAAAAAAGAUAACGUUACUAAAAAUACCGAAAUUUCAAAUACAAAAGUAGAUGACAAAAAUUCUACAUUAGCAAAACCAAAAGAUUCCGUGAAUUCUAUUAAACAAGCCGAGAAAUUAACGAAACAAGCUAAAAGCGAUGCCAGUCAUGCGUUAAAAUCCGCCAAAGAUGCGGUUCAGCCGGCAAAAGAUGCUCUUAAAAUAGCUAUGGACGUUGUUAAACGUAUUACAGAACAAAGGAAAACUCAAUCUAAAACUCCCGUAGCAGAUGCUGUUAAACAUGCAAAACUAGCUGAAGAUGCAGCUAGAGAAGCUUUAGAGGCAGUUCAAAUUGCUGGUGAUGCUGUAGCAGAAGCUCAAAAGGCUGCAAAAGAAGCAGGCAAAGCAGUUCAGCUUGCACAACUUUUACCGAAUGCAGUAAAUGGAAGUGAUUCACAGAAAAAGCUAGAUAAUCUAAACCAAAAUCAGUCUAAAAUGCAAAUGGAUACAGAUAAUGCAACAAAGCCCGAUAGUCACGCUGAAGUAAAUAGUAAACCUGAAUCUGAAGAUGAUGAUAAGGUAAAAAAUGAAAGUGAUAAAACUGGAAUGAGAAAAGAUGCCAAAAAAUCUGAAGGUGCAGAUGAAAAAGUCGACGAACCGAAGAGUGUAAAGCCUGAAGACUCUGGCAAAUCCUCGAAGAAGGAUGAUGAAUCGAAUGAGAAAACGGGGCAAAAAACAGAAGCACCUACUGAAAAAUCUGAAAAGCAGGUCUAGAAACUCAUUUGACUUAUGAUGAAAGUGAGUUCUGAGUUUCUAAUAAAAAAGAUCUACUUUUGAUUCUUGAUGAGACGAAUAAUACUUACAUAGGGAUAAUUAGUGCAAUUUAUUUAAUAGAUUAACAAUGUGUGAUAUGAGUCUGAUGUAUGUUUUAGAAAAAUAAAUGUAAGUUAUUUUCAAA